AUGACCAACACGACGAACCCUUCUUUGAGCGAAAGCACACCCAAAGCCAAAAAGCAAAUCAUUCUCAAUGCCUUUGUAAUGAACACCCCCGGCCACUUGGCCCCGGGUCUGUGGAAGCACCCGCGGAACAAGACCGACCAAUACAAGAAACUCUCAUUCUGGACCGAGCUCGCACAGUCGCUAGACGACGCAGGCUUUCACGCCAUGUUCAUCGCCGACACCCUGGGCCCCUACGACGUGUACAAGGGUCCGGCGAACGUGGUCCCGGCCCUGGCCGCCGGUGCGCAGUUCCCCGUCAACGACCCACUCUACUUGGUUCCGGCCAUGGCGGCGGCCACCAAGAACCUCAUCUUUGGGGUUACCGCGAGUUUGACCUACGAGAAGCCUUAUUCUCUGGCACGCAGGCUGUCGACGGUGGACCAUCUGAGCGAAGGACGGCUGGCAUGGAACAUUGUCACUUCAUAUCUGGACAGCGCCGCGCGAAACCACGGCUUGCAAGAGCAGAUCCCACACGAUGAGCGUUAUGCAAUUGCCCAUGAGUAUCUAGAGGUGCUUUACAAGCUCUGGGAGGGCAGCUUCCGCGACGAUGCAGUCUUGGUUGAUCGCGAGAGCGGGACUUACAUCGCCAGCGAUGCGGUCAGUCAGAUCCAUCACAAGGGCAAGUACUUUGAGGUACCAGGACCGCAUUUCGUCGAGCCGUCACCACAGCGCACGCCGUUCCUGUUCCAAGCUGGUGUCUCCGAAGCUGGAAAUGGUUUCGGAGGCAAGCACGGUGAAGCGAUCUUCAUCGGCGGUCAAACUAUAGAAGGCGUCCGGAAGACGGUGGACAAUCUUCGGAAGAUCGCAGCCGAGGAGGGCAGAGACCCCAACCACAUCAAAAUCAUCUUGGGCAUCAACGUUAUCGUGGCAGCAACAGAUGAAGAGGCCGAGGCAAAGAGACAAGACUACCUAAAGUACGCCGAUACCGAAGGAGCCCUCGCGCUAUUCGGCGGUUGGACGGGAGUCGACCUGUCCGGAUACCCAGAUGACGAGGACUUUCUCAUGACCGACUCUCCUCGCAUCCGGUCCAUCGUUCGUCGCUGGUCCGACACCGUCCCUGGUACAGACAAUCUUCCCUGGACGAAGAGGCGAAUCGUUGAGUACCUCAGCAUCGGCGGCAUGGGCGCCAAGAUUGUCGGCAGUCCGACGACAGCCGCUGAUGAGUUGGAGCGAUGGGUUCAAGGAGCCGAUGUUGACGGUUUCAACUUGGCUCAUGUUACGAACCCCGGUACUUUCGAGGAUAUCAUCGAGCAUUUGCUUCCUGAACUGCGUAAGCGCGGAAUCUUUAGGUCUGAAGUCGAGAAGGAGGGAGCGACAGCAAGAGAAGUGUUCAUUGGGUCAAGGAGGCUGCCUGAAGACCACCCAGGAAGCAAGUACAAAUGGCAGGCUGGUGAGGAUAGACCACCGUUUUUGGGAAAGCAAGACAAGAAAUCAGGCCAACUUUAG